AUGUGCUGGCGACAAGGAAGAACAGCCAUUGAGACCGCCGGAGCGCCCCCCCUAGCCGCCACAGACAAGAGAAGCGUUGCUGCUUCUCCCUUCUCCUUUGGUCAAAUCGAUCCCGCACCAGAGUUCAAAGUGACAAUGUUGCAACACAAUAUGGCUCUUGCAAACAAUUCAUUGGAGCUGAUGGUUCUUUCUUUUGGAUUCCAGAGAAAAUCAACAGAGAGGAAAAAGAGUGGAAUCACAACUUCGAAAUAUUUUAUAUGCAAUAGAGGGGGAUUGCCAAACACUUCUACCUUAGACACGGUUAGUGAUGAUCAUAACAAGCAAUUGAGAAAUAGUAAUUGUAAACGCACAAACUGCAAAGCUUUUGUUGCAUUCAAAGUUAUACCACAUUCUUCAGAAGUUUACCUGUGGCGCUUUGAACAACAGCACAACCACAAAUCGAUCAAUCAAGAUUGUAUGCAUCUUUCAAGAGCUAAACGUCAGUUGGAUAUUGUUGAUCAAGCUUUUAUACAUAAGCUUUCGAGUGCAAAGUUAAGCUGGGAAACAAUGAAUGAAUCGGAUUUUAAGGCGGACUUCAACAGUAUAGUAUGGGACUCCAAAAUUGUUGUGAAAGAUUUUGAAAUGAGAUGCGAUGCAUUAAUGGUUGAAUUCAACAGAGAAGUUCUAACGGUGAAAUGUUCAUGCAUGCUUUUUGAGCGGUUUGGAAUUUUUUGUAGACACAUCUUCUGUAUUCUAAAGAUUUAUGACAUACAAGAGAUUCCGUUAAGAUACAUUCUUAAGAGAUGGAGAAGAGAUAUUAUCCCCACCACAGUUUUGAAAAGGACGUUUAGAUAUGGUGAUUCGUCUGGAAAUGUUGAGAAGGUUGCAUACAAAGCUUUUUCCAUGCUUGAUCAAUGCUUGUCUUCAUUAAGUAAUGAUGACAAGAAGUUAGAAGAGUUCAUGAAAAAGCUAGAAGUUUUUAUGACUGAUAUUGGUGAAGAAGGUUCAGACGAAUCACCGGUUACAAAAGAAGCUCAUAUUGAUAAACUUUACGGAGCUAGUACGAAUCCUGAAGUUGUUGAUGUUGAAAAUCCACCUAUGGUGAAGAAUAAAGGUUAUGGUAUAGGAAAACGUUUAAAAAGUGUUUUGGAGAAGGCUACUAUUCAAGGUAACAAGCAAUCAAAAUCAUGCAAAACAUGUGGGGUUAAAUGGCAUAAUUCAAGGAAAUGUUUGACAUUGUUGAAUAACUCCAAGGUACAAAGUGCAUAG